AUUACGCGCUUGCAUUUAUAUUGCUUCAAAUGCGUCAGUAGCCAAUUCAAUCCGCCAUUUUAUUGAAAACUGUCGACAUACGAGGCCGACAAUCGCGCACCUUUGCUGAGUGUACUAUAUAAGUCUACUGAAGUUAUACAAUAAGGAAACAAUGGCAAAAGCACCUGCUGUAGGUAUCGAUCUGGGGACCACCUACUCCUGCGUGGGAGUGUUCCAACAUGGCAAGGUGGAGAUCAUCGCCAACGACCAGGGCAACAGGACCACGCCGUCCUACGUCGCGUUCACUGACACCGAGCGACUCAUUGGAGAUGCUGCCAAGAACCAGGUUGCCAUGAACCCCAACAACACUAUUUUCGAUGCCAAACGACUCAUUGGCCGCAAAUUUGAGGACACAACUGUUCAAGCGGACAUGAAACAUUGGCCGUUUGAAGUGGUCAGUGAUGGAGGAAAGCCAAAGAUAAAAGUACAGUACAAAGGCGAGGACAAGACCUUCUUCCCUGAAGAAGUAAGCUCAAUGGUGCUUACUAAGAUGAAGGAAACAGCCGAGGCUUACCUCGGUAAAACGGUGCAGAAUGCAGUAGUCACGGUUCCAGCGUACUUUAACGACUCACAGCGACAGGCCACGAAAGAUGCGGGUACCAUCUCUGGUCUGAACGUUCUCCGAAUCAUCAACGAGCCCACUGCUGCUGCGAUUGCGUAUGGUCUUGACAAGAAGGGAGGUGGAGAACGAAAUGUCCUUAUUUUCGAUCUCGGCGGCGGAACCUUCGAUGUGUCCAUUCUGACCAUCGAGGAUGGUAUCUUCGAAGUGAAGUCCACCGCCGGUGACACGCACUUGGGAGGCGAAGACUUCGAUAACCGGAUGGUUAACCACUUCGUGCAGGAGUUCAAGAGGAAGUACAAGAAAGAUCUUACCACCAACAAGAGGGCGCUCCGGAGGCUGCGCACUGCCUGCGAGAGAGCGAAGAGAACUCUGUCCUCCUCCACACAGGCGAGCAUCGAAAUCGAUUCCCUCUUCGAAGGUAUCGACUUCUACACUUCAAUCACCAGGGCUCGUUUCGAAGAGUUGAAUGCCGACCUCUUCAGAUCCACCAUGGAACCUGUAGAAAAGUCCAUUCGCGACGCUAAAAUGGACAAAUCCCAGAUUCACGACAUAGUCCUGGUCGGGGGUUCAACUCGUAUUCCCAAGGUGCAGAAGCUCCUGCAAGACUUCUUCAAUGGCAAGGAGCUGAACAAGUCCAUCAACCCUGACGAGGCCGUCGCGUACGGAGCCGCGGUGCAGGCCGCCAUCCUGCACGGCGACAAGUCCGAGGAGGUGCAGGACCUUCUGCUGCUGGACGUGACACCCCUGUCGCUCGGUAUCGAGACGGCGGGCGGGGUCAUGACCACCCUCAUCAAGCGUAACACCACCAUCCCCACCAAGCAGACUCAGACCUUCACCACCUACUCUGACAACCAGCCCGGUGUGCUCAUCCAAGUAUUCGAGGGCGAGCGCGCCAUGACCAAGGACAACAACCUCCUCGGCAAGUUCGAGCUGACAGGCAUCCCGCCCGCGCCACGCGGCGUGCCUCAGAUCGAGGUCACGUUCGACAUCGACGCCAACGGCAUCCUGAACGUGUCCGCCGUGGAGAAGUCCACCAACAAGGAGAACAAGAUCACCAUCACCAACGACAAGGGCCGUCUGUCCAAGGAGGAGAUCGAGCGCAUGGUCAACGACGCCGAGAAGUACCGCAACGAGGACGACAAGCAGAAGGAGACCAUCCAGGCCAAGAACGCGCUCGAGUCGUACUGCUUCAACAUGAAGUCGACCAUGGAGGACGACAAGCUCAAGGACAAGCUGUCGGAUGCCGACAAGCAGACCAUGCUCGACAAGUGCAACGACACCAUCAAGUGGCUGGACUCCAACCAGCUGGCCGACAAGGAGGAGUAUGAGCACAAGCAGAAGGAGCUCGAGAGCGUGUGCAACCCCAUCAUCACCAAGAUGUACCAGGGAGCCGGCGGCGCUCCGGGCGGUAUGCCCGGCGGCAUGCCUGGCUUCCCCGGCGGAGCGCCCGGUGCCGGCGGCGCGGCGCCCGGAGCCGGCGGCGCGGGCCCCACCAUCGAGGAGGUCGAUUAAACCAAACAUUCCAUAUUUUUCAAUCAUAACCCAACUGUCCUAUUUGUGCUGUUGAUUAUUCUGUCAGCUUAAAUAAAUGAACGUAAUUGAAAGGAA